AUGGUAUCAUCUUUUAGGACUCUGAUCAUUGCAGCAUGUCUGCUAGUGACUGAAGCUACGCCAUUACUUAAGAAAAAGGGGUUGAGCUUCGACUACAAUGGCGACAAGGUUCGUGGAGUCAAUCUAGGAGGAUGGUUUGUGCUCGAGCCCUGGAUUACUCCAUCGCUCUUUUAUGGAUCUUGGGUAGAUGAGUACACCCUAACUCAAACACUUGGGAAAUCUGCCUCGCAAGGCUUAUUGAACGCGCAUUGGGCGACUUGGAUCACGCAAAACGAUUUCAACGAGAUUGCAAGUGUAGGCUUGAAUCAUGUUCGGAUACCCAUUGGUUAUUGGGCUUUGAACCCGCUACCCGGCGAUCCUUAUGUGCAGGGACAGUUAAUAUACCUAGACCAAGCUAUCGGCUGGGCAAGACAAGCUGGGUUGAAAAUUAUUCUAGAUGUUCAUGGUGCCCCAGGAAGUCAAAACGGAUUCGAUAACUCUGGACGAAAAGGACCUAUCACUUGGACCCAAGGAGAUACUACCAAACAAACUUUAGCUGCUAUACAAACAUUGGCCUACCGCUAUGCUCCAGCGACUGAUGUUGUUACCGGAAUCGAGCUUCUCAACGAGCCAGCUAACUGGGCCCUUGACAUGGGUGCAGUGAAGCAGUUCUACUACGACGGCUGGGGAAAUGUGAGAAACGCAAACCCCGAUACUGCUGUUGUCAUUCAUGAUGCGUUCCUUUCUCCACCUUCAUGGAAUGGGUUCAUGAACUAUCAAUCUGGAGUCAAUGAUAUCAUUCUCGAUACCCAUAUUUAUCAAAUAUUUUCCUUUGCAGAGGUGGCAAUGAAGCCUUGCCAACAUGUUCAAGUUGCAUGCAGUCAAAUUGGCAACUUGGCCAACACAGAUAAAUGGACAAUCGUUGGAGAAUUCAGCGGAGCACAAACAGACUGCGCAAAAUGGCUGAAUGGCUUUGGUGUCGGUUCUCGAUACGAUGGAUCGUAUCCCGGCAGUCCUGCAGUGUACGGGUCUUGCCAGACGAAAGAUGUAGGAACGGUUGACGGUCUACUUGCCAUCGACAAAGUUAAUCUUGCAUAUUUCAUGGAGGCACAGCUUGAUGCCUAUGAAGCUCACUCGGGCUGGGUGUUCUGGACAUGGAAAACGGAAUCGGCUCCCGAAUGGCAUUUUCAGAACUUGACAAGAGCGGGAUUGAUACCGCAGCCUCUGACGAGCAGAAAAUAUGGGAAGCAAUGCGCGACUUCAACCUGUUUGAUACCAGGUAACUGA